CUGCGCGGCUUCGGGUGUCGCUUCUGUUUCUGGGGAGCCGGUCUUGGCAGAUGCACAGGGCACCCAACUAAUUCACAGCAGAGAGGGAGGACAAGGCAGUGUCGGACUAAAGGCUUGCUCUGACUCCACUGUCAGUCCGUAAUGACUCGGGCACGAAUGAGGCACGCAAAGGUUCAGCCGAGGCAGCUGCCAGGACCCAAGCACGCCGCACCCCGGCCCGGCGGGGCUGGCCGCCGCCGUGCGAGUUCCGCGCAUGCGCCGGGGUGGUGCGGCGGGCGGGCGUGUUCCCGCGCGGCCCCGCUCUCCGGGCGAACCGGGCUGUCGGCGCCGCUAGCGUGUGCCGGCCGCAGCCGUCAUGGGGAAGCUGAACGUGGUGAUGCUUCGGUACCUCUCCAAGGAGCACUUCAGGGUCCUGACAGCGGUGGAAAUGGGCAUGAAGAACCAUGAAAUAGUUCCUGCUAGCUUAAUUGCUUCCAUUGCCAGCCUUAAACAUGGUGGUUGUAAUAAAAUUUUGAGGGAGUUGGUGAAGCACAGACUUCUAGCUUAUGAACGAACUAAAACUGUCCAGGGUUAUCGGUUAACAAAUGCAGGAUAUGAUUACCUUGCUUUGAAAACUCUGUCUUCCCGACAAGUUAUACAUUCUGUUGGAAACCAGAUGGGUGUUGGCAAAGAAUCAGAUAUUUACAUUGUUGCAAAUGAAGAGGAGCAACAGUUUGCAUUGAAAUUACAUAGGCUUGGAAGAACUUCUUUUCGCAGUCUGAAAAAUAAACGUGACUACCACAAGCACAGACAUAAAAUGUCAUGGCUGUAUUUAUCCCGGCUGGCAGCAAUGAAGGAGUUUGCAUAUAUGAAGGCUUUGCAUGACAGAAAAUUUCCUGUUCCAAAACCUGUGGACUACAACAGGCAUGCAGUUGUUAUGGAGCUCAUUGAUGGCUAUCCUUUGUGCCAGGUGCACCACGUGGAAGAUCCUGCCUCUGUCUACAGUGAAUUAAUGGAUCUGAUUGUAAAUCUUGCCAAUCAUGGUUUGAUUCAUGGUGAUUUCAAUGAAUUUAAUCUCAUAUUGGAUAAUGAUGACCAUGUCACUAUGAUUGAUUUCCCUCAGAUGGUAUCAACAUCACAUGCAAAUGCUGAAUGGUAUUUUGACAGAGAUGUUAACUGUAUUAAGGAGUUCUUUAAGAAACGUUUCAACUAUGAGAGUGAGGUCUUCCCAGCAUUCAAAGACAUCAGGAGAGAGUGUUCUCUUGAUAGAGAGAUCGCUGCCAGCGGCUAUACAAAAGAAAUGCUAGAAGAUGAUGACCUGCUUUACCCACCAGGUUCUGAUGAGGAUGAUAAUACAACAGAGAUAUCAGAAUUUGUAGAAGAUGCUGAGAAUAAGCUCAACUUCUUCACCAAAGAUAAAGACAACUAUGAAGACUUCAUGUCUGAAAUGGGUUAUUUGUCUGAAAGCAGAACCUGUGACAACUUUAUGUAUGUCAAUGAGGAGGCUGAUACAACUGAAAGUAGUGAAAAUACACAAAGGCUGAGUAUGUCAAAGUUGAGUUCAGCCUUAGAAGUUGUUGAAGGGCAAGCUAUGCUUCAGAAAUCUGGUGAAGAUGCAGAGAGUUCUGCAAUUGCUUUUUUUAAGGGCAAAAGCAUAACUGAAAACGCUGCUGAAGUCAAAAAUCACACAGGACAAGAGGAGUGCUGUAAUGAUGAGGAGAAUGAAGAUAAAUGCCCUGAUCUGGUUGACUUGUCAACUUUAAAUGAGAAAUUCAGGCAUUACAGAAGUGAAGAGAGUGCUGAGCACAGAACAAGGACUAAAAGUAUCUCAUCGGUCAGAAGUGCUGGGAGCUGUUCAACCAUUCCACCGGAACUGGUGAAACAGAAGAUAAAACGUCAGCUGACCAAACAUCAAAAGUCUGUUCUGAGACAUCGGCUGCAAAAAGGAGAGGCAAAUAUUUAUACCAAACAACGUCGAGAAAAUAUGCACAACAUUAAGUCUAGCUUGGAUGCAGCUAGUUUCUGGGGAUAAUUUGUUAAAGCUUCUAUAGAAUAUGAGAAAACUCAUAAUGCAUACAGUUGAAAGAAUUAAUAACAAAUAAUCCUUUUAUGUAAUGGAGCAAUCUCUUCUGCACAACCAGAUGUUUUUCUGGAAGUUAAUAAACCUCAUUCUGCUGGUUCCUGUGA